AAACCUUACAAAAGAAAGGAAACAUGAAUAAAUAUCGGCGGCCAUAUAUUGUGAUAUUAGUCAUAGUAAUUUUAAAUAUAACGGAAGUAUUAAAUCAAAAAGUUAAUGCAAAACAUACUUUAACAAGUUUUAACAAUAUACGUAAAUUAUAUCCAAAACUUUCAUUAGAGGCAGAGUCCCGCAAUUGGCUCUUCCCUCCCAAUGAUAAUUUCAAUAAACAUCCUUGUAAACGAGAAUGUAUAGCUCAACAACAUAUGACCUGUUAUUAUAAGAUGAUUUUACAUCAUGAUGAAACUAUGGGACCUGCUUGUGUUCGCUAUAUGAUUCCUAAAAAUCGUUAUAAAUAUAAUAAAAAAGAAUAUAUAAAUUCAUCUAAUAUUUAUGGAUCUAAUGGGAAUGGAGAUUUCGAUUAUUGUAAAUAUGCUGAUGGUGUGCGAACAGAGGUAAUGGUGGUAAAUGGUCUAUUGCCAGGUCCAAAAAUAGAAGUCUGUUAUGGUGAUACCAUUGUAGCUGAUAUAAUCAAUGGCAUGAAUGAAACCACUGUCAUACAUUGGCAUGGUAUACAUCAGUCUGCUGCUCCUUAUAUGGAUGGUGUACCAAAUAUAUCGCAAUUACCCAUAAAAUCGGGAAAAACUUAUCGUUAUCGUUUUGAAGUCGAUCAUGCAGGUACUCAUUGGUGGCAUAGUCAUACAGAUCAUCAGAGAGCAUUUGGGUUGGCCGGAGCUAUGGUGGUGCGUCAAACACGUGAAGAAAAUGUACAUGCCCGUUCGUAUGACUACGAUAAUUCGGAACAUAUUAUAAUGAUACAAGAUUGGCCAAAAGAUUUAAAUCAAUCAAAUCCCAUGAAUAUACUUAUAAAUGGUUUGGGUCGCAAUCUCAAAAAUGCAAUCAAACCCAUUUUAUAUUCAAAAUUUACAGUGGCACGUGGUGGUCGUUAUAGAUUUCGUUUAAUAUCUAAUGGUGUUGCCAAUUGUCCUGUUUCGUUUAGUAUCGAUCAGCAUGAUCUUGAAAUAAUAUCAAGUGAUGGCAAUGAUAUUGAACCCAUAAAAGUGCAAAAACUUAUUUUACAUAGUGGUGAACGUUUUGACUUUGUAUUAAAUGCCAAUCGUGAAGUGGGCAAUUAUUGGAUACGUGUUAAAGGUCUAACAAAUUGUGCUAGAAAUCAAUUACAUCAAGAGGCAAUUUUACAUUAUCUAACAGCAGAUCGUUUAGCCAUGCCAAAAGGUUCUGAACCCAGCUAUAAGUAUGAACCAAUAAAUGCUAUUGAGUUUAAUGGUCUAAAUAUUACAACAUGUGCCAGUCGCAAGUGUUUAAGUUUUAAUGAUGUCAAAGCUUUAGAAUUAAAAAGUAAAUCUAAACCUAACAAAAAACCCGAUUUCACACUAUACACUAGUAUGAGUAUAGUGACACGGGGUAAUACCAAUCUUUAUCAAAUUGAUGAUAUAACUUUCACAAUGCCAAAAACACCCUACUUGGCCAGUGAUAAACAAUUUUGUAAUCGUACUCAACAAUUAGAACGUGGUAUUAAUUGUUCAAAGAAUCGUUGCAAUUGUACGAAUAUUUUACAAGUUCCAGCUUUUAAACAUAUCGAAUUAGUUGUAUCGGGAAAACCGGAUACUGUACAUCCUAUACAUUUACAUGGUUAUUCAUUUCGUGUUGUAGGUAUGGGUGUCUUGGGUAGAAAUAAAAUUGAUAAGCUGGAAAAUAUCGAUCGUCUUAAACCUUUGCCAAGACGUCUUUCUAAGGCUCCGCUAAAAGAUACUGUACAAGUACCGGCCUAUGGUUAUACCAUUAUACGUUUCUAUUCGAAUAAUCCCGGUUAUUGGUUUCUUCAUUGUCACAUUUCUACACAUGCCGAGAAUGGUAUGUCAGCAGUGUUGCGUGUGGGUAAUGAUAAUCAAAUGAAAAAAUGUCCUGUUCGUAAUUGUGGUUUAUAUAAUUCAUAGUUUGAAAUAAAAAUUUAUGGAAAAUUUAUAAAAAAGA